GUUCUGAAAUGGAGGAAGAACAACGAGAUAUGAAAGCACACAAAGCAUACUACAACAUGCUUGAUUUCAUUGCAAAUGUGCAACAUGGGAUUCCCAAACUGUGCCCCUGUGGAUCAAUCACGAAGGAAUUCGUAGAUGAAGAGGAUACAUAUGACUACCUCCCUGAGAAAAGAUACAUCAUCUGCAAAGACUACCAGGUUAGCCAAUGUCCUGAAGAGUCUAGUGUCAAAGAGAGGAUAAAGUGGUAUGUCAAGGAGGAUAUAAUCCUCAUUGGUGCUUGGCUCAACACUAGCAAAGAUUCAAUAGUGAAUAAUGAACAAAAAAGUGGUGCCUUCUGGAAGAGAAUUGUAGAGUACUACAACUCCAGUCCUCUCCUGGUUGGGACAGUGCCAAGAAAAAUAGGGCAAUGUAAGCAAAGAUGGGCUAGGAUCAAUGAUUUGGUUUAUAAGUUUGUUGGUUGCUACGACAUGGCACUGAGGGAGCAGAGAAGCGGGCAAAAUGACAACGAUGUGAUGAAGGCUGCCUUGGAUAUCUUCUACAGUGACCAGAACAUGAAGUUCAACUUGGAACAUGCGUGGAGGGAGCUUAGGCAUGAUGUGAAAUGGUGCUUCACCUAUCUGGAGAAGGACAAGGAUAAGCACAAACCAGUGGAUUCUCUAGUGCCAGAGCCAGAGCCAGAAGAGAGACCAAUAGUGGUUAAGGCUGCUAAGGCUGUAGGCAAGAGGAAGAAAACUGGAAAAGAAGAAGAAUUGGCGAAGCUAGAAGGACUGUUGGAGAUGAAAAAGCAAAUCUCAAAGCAAAGUUUGCUAGAAAGUUUGCUUGCAAAGCCCGAGCCACUCUCUGAGAUGGAAUUAUCUCUCAAAUUGAAACUUUUGUCUGAAAUGUUGUCAUGA